UGGGGGGGUGGGAAGCACCAACCAGCAGCUCCAGCUCUGCAGAAGUUUCACUUUUUGUUUGUGGGUUUGCUCCUUGGCCCUGGGGACUGAAGAAAAGCCUGAAGUUGUGCAUAAGAUUUAUUGAUCUGGGACGUGAGCUGUGAAGUAAGCAGAGCCUUGUCUCCUUUGGCCUUCCCAAGUGCCUGCCACCUGAGGUCUCAACCAUGUCUCACCCAUCAUGGCUGCCCCCCAAAAGUACCAGUGAGCCUAUCGGUCAUGUGUCUGCCCGGAUGGAGACCACCCCUUCUUUCGGGGACCCCAGCAUUUCUGUGUCCAUGCAGCAGUCACCCAAGAAAUUUGCCCCGGUUGUGGCUCCCAAGCCCAAGUACAAUCCAUACAAACCACCUGGAAGCGAUGGUGAUCUUCUCCCACCACCACCUCCACCUCUAGAUGACCUCGGGAGCCUGCACACCCCUCCAGGUGCUUUCCCCCCUCCGCCGCCCCUCGAUGACACUGGUUUCAAUGUGCAGGUGAACACUGGGGGCAAAACUCUGGAAGAGAGACGCUCCAGUCUGGAUGCUGAAAUUGAUUCGCUGACCAGUAUCUUGGCAGAUUUAGAAAGCAGCUCUCCAUACAAGCCUCGUCCUCAGCAGGGUUCAGCCAUUCCCACUGCCUCGCCUCCUGUCUCUACCCCUGUCACGGGGCAUAAACGAAUGGUCAUCCCUAACCAGCCACCUUUGACGGCCACCAAGAAAUCUACUUCUAAGCCCCAACCUGUGGCCCAGCCUUCUCCCAUCCCAGUAGCCCCGAUAGGCAUGCUGAAACCUCAGCCCCAACCAGUCCCCGCCUCCUACACCACUGCUUCCACCCCCACGAGGCCUACGUUCAAUGUGCAAGUGAAAUCGGCCCAACCCAGUUCGCACUUCAUGCCAGCUCCUCAACCCGGGCAGUAUUUCAAUCAAGGACCGAGCCAGACCUAUGGCCCUCAAACAGCUCGUGUUCCUGGACCUGGGCAGUAUGCCCAUCCUCAGCCCCGGGGAGGGCCCGAUUAUGGGUAUACCCCACCGCCUGUGCGCCUGCCUGAACCUAGCUAUGGGUAUGCACCUAAUCCGGCUCGUUACCAAGACCCUUAUUACUCUGGAGGCCCUGGCUAUGGGGGAAGAAAUGGCUCUGAACCAGCCUUUGGACAACAAAAUACCUGGAAACCUGAGCCAACCUAUGCCCCUCCAGUGGCCCCGCCCCAGAAUCCAGCUGGGAUGUACCAACCCCCGGGGGCUAAGAAGACAUACAUCACUGAUCCUGGCUUAGCAACUCAAGCAUCAACAUUGCAGCCAAAGAGUGGACACCCAGUGCCAGGUGGGCCAAUAUCCACUGCUCCUACAUUCCGCCCCGAGGAUGAACUAGAACAUCUUACCAAGAAGAUGUUGUAUGAUAUGGAGAAUCCUCCUUCUGAUGAAUACUUCGGACGUUGUGCCCGCUGUGGUGAGAACGUAGUUGGGGAAGGCACUGGGUGCACUGCGAUGGAUCAAGUGUUCCAUGUGGAAUGCUUUACCUGCAUAAUAUGCAGCAAUAAACUGCGAGGCCAGCCUUUCUAUGCUGUGGAGAAGAAGGCUUACUGUGAACCCUGCUACAUCAACACACUGGAGCAGUGCAAUGUGUGUGCCAAACCCAUCAUGGAGAGAAUCUUGCGUGCCACGGGAAAGGCCUAUCAUCCUCACUGCUUCACCUGUGUCAUGUGCCAUCGCAGCCUGGAUGGGAUUCCAUUCACCGUGGAUGCCGGCGGCAAUAUCCACUGCAUUGAGGAUUUCCAUAAGAAAUUUGCUCCCCGCUGUUCCGUGUGCAAGGAGCCCAUCAUGCCAGCCCCGGGGCAGGAGGAGACGGUCCGUAUUGUGGCCUUGGACCGGGAUUUCCAUGUCCACUGCUACCGGUGUGAGGAUUGUGGGGGUCUUCUAUCAGAAGGAGACAAUCAAGGCUGCUACCCCUUGGAUGGACACAUCCUCUGCAAGACCUGCAACUCAGCACGGAUCCGAGUCCUGACUGCCAAGGCCAGCACUGACCUCUGAGAAUCAGACGUUCUCACUUUACCUGCUGAGGAAUAGGGAGGCAAGGGAGGUCACACAGCUUAAAAGUUUUUUUUAUCACUAUUACACUAUUACUUCAAUAAAAGUAAGGAAAAAAAAAACAGAGAAGGGACCUGGAGGAUGGUUUCUAGUCUUGAUAAAUACCAUCGAUUGAGAGAUUGAUUGCUUUUUUUAUUCACAUAGAAGCACACUGAAAAAAAAUGUUUCUAGUUAUCACCAGCUACAUACUACACUACAGUUUAUAAUGUUUGACUUGGAUGAGUCUUCCUAUAUGCAAGGACUCUUUUAAUUAGCACAUGAAUUGUUAUUAACUGCCCCUUUAAUUUUGCAGUCCCAUAAUUUUGAACACUGGUGUUUGUCUGUCUUUGGGUUGAACAGCUUUUUAUAGAAUGAUACUUUUGCUAUCACACAAUUUUUAUUUUUUGAGGGGUGAUGCUUUCUGCUCAUAGGUGCUUAGGCAUGUACACAUCAGCCUUUUCUGAAGAGUGUCUGCUUUCGUAUAGACCGUGUACUCAAAGGCUUGACACUCUUUUAUGAAUAUAGAAAAAUAGUCAUGUGGUUUACUACAUUACCUAAAGCCAAUUCCGUGCCUUAAAAACAUUUACAUGGAUUAUUAUGUUAGAAAUGGUUAAAAAGAAAUGAACUAAUAUAUUGCAUACCCUAAGUACAGUUGAACAUGUAGUGGCCACUAAUGAGUGAUAAAACACGUAAUUAAGUGGUGGAAGUUGAAACUGAUUUCCCACUAUGCUGCAAUAGAUUCAGGUGAAUUCUUUUCUGGUGCUUAGUCUCACUGAACAAAACUUUACAUCUGACAGUAGACUCUACUAUAGGUAACCAUAAGUAUGGCUUGAUUGAAAGAGUCAUUCCUACAGCUGUACAUAUGUAUUUCACAUCUAGAAUAUUACAGUUCUAGAAAAUUUUGUUGAACUUCUCAUGAUCUGGCUAUUCCCUCAUUCUCAGGCCUCUUGAAAGGUUAAUAUUUUCAAAUUUUGGCUUUUCCAAAAAUGUGACAUUUCUACAAUUGCUCCAUUUUUCAUUUGGAGAAAUAUUAGCAUGAUUCCCCAAAAUACACUGUUUAAAGGAUGUCUCCUAUGAAUUGGUACUUUUCCUCUGGAGAAAUAUGCUUGUAGGGAAUGGUGUUAACUUAUUUUUCUGGUUACAAUAAUGAUGAAGCCAUUUAAAUAGUUUUCCCUGCUAAAUGCAAAUGUGAGUCUUACAAGUUGUGUGUUUUGUUUUGUUCAUGAAUAAAAGAAAAAAAAAACCUCAUGAAUUCACAGUUCAGUCUUUAGUUUUAGGAUGUUUUUAAAAUUCCAGUGAAGCCCUAAACUGUCAUGCACAUAGUACCAGUUGUGCUAGAGAAAGUUUUCUUUCUGAAUUGCAGACAUGGGCCACCUAAACUGUUUUGUUUGAGAAAAGAAGCCUAAUUUAAUAUUGUUGGUUAUGCUUUCAAAGUCUAACCUUCUCUGCAAUAGUAUCUCUUUCAUAAAAAUUACAGUAUAAUAAUCAUGGUAACUUUUGGUGUAUUUAAUGUUUGUCAGAAUUUUCCCCCUUCAGUAGAAUUUCAUUUCUGCAUUCAGUAAUAUUCAUUGGAAUGAAAAAUGGUUUGUGAUUCAAUUGUGAUAUGUUUAGGGGUAUCGAACAAUGCAGUUUUCCCAUUUUGAAUUCCAUAUAGUCACAAAAUUGUUCAUCAUUUUCAGGAAGUAAAUGUGUUUUACUCUGAGAAUGUCCUGAAAACAGUGAGACCUUUUUACACUGUAAAAUAAUGUCUGCCUUCUGGAUAUGUCACUACAAUCUCCUAAGGUAUUUUUUAACUCACCUACUAUUGUCAAUCAAAUUGUUUUUUGGGGGGUGUGUAGGGUGUGUGUGUGUGUGUGUGUGUGUGUGUGUGUGUGUGUGUGUGUGUGUGUGUGUGUGUGUUUAUCUGAAUUUGGUCAUCCAAAGCUAGCUCAAGGAGAAAAUUGAUGAGAAAGCACUUUGGAAAAAGGAAAAUGCUAUGCAAAUUCAGAGUAUUAUUAUUAUAGACAUCCAGGGCUCUAGUGACCUCAGUCUUUAACAAACAUUACCCAAUUUCUGGGGUCCUGUCAGAGACCUAUAUCAAGGCUUCAGGACAUUGUUAGGUUGAACUCUUGCAAGGUAGUAGUACCUAGUUACAUUAGGGUGACAUUGGUGUCAGUGUCAAUUACAUCUCUGAAUUCCUAUAUCAUGGCAUUGAGGCUGGAUGAUAAACUGUUCCAACUGCAGAGUAGAAAAUGGGAGUUGGAAUAAUCAACGUUUUUAAUAACUUUAUUUUCAAAUGGGAAAUAUCUGAGCAAGUGGUUGCCAGAAACUAAUACCAAACUUUAAUGGGAGGAAUUUUAUCUACUUAAAGGAAGACCUAUCUGGUCUAGAGGUUGUCAAAAAAGCAAAAUGGCCUGUGUGUAUUUUUAAAUUAAAUUGAAAGUGUGAGCUGGACUUAAACACAUUUUUAAUAAGUACAGGGAAAACACACCACUAAUAUAUGUCAAGUUUUAGUCCUCGUGCAACUGAAUAUUUACAUGUCAAAAAAUAGGGUUUGUGAAGAGUAAUCAUAAUGCUUUUACUCUUGGGUACAGCAAAAUGCUGCUUUCCCACAGUCUUUAUGCUGCAUUUUAUUGCAAAUUCUCAUAUAUUUUUCCAAAGUGUUUUUGGCCAAGGAUUUUUAAAGGUAAGCCAGGUUUUUAGCACAAAUUUUCCACUACUUUUAUAACAAUUGAUGUAUACACUUUUAGUGAAGCAGAAAUAUUUAUACUCAUUUUAUUCACAAAGAAAGGAGAGCUUUGGGUUAUUGCUUUUUCCUAUUUUUUUGAAAAAAACACCAAUUUACUUUUCUUCUUUGUCUUUGCUUAUAUGUAAUCGUUUGAUUCAAAAAAUUCUGAUUCACUGUUGGAUUUUUCUGUUUAAUUGAUUUUCAAGCUACUUAAUGAUAAUUUUGAAUUCAUGGUAUCGCUUUGUUGAAUUAUUUUUAUCACUGCAGAGUAUCAUUGCAUAGUUAAAUAAUAGGAGGCAAUCACAGAUCAUUUCUGUAAAAACAAUGCACCGUUAUGUUUAUAAGAUAUAUUCAUUAGGUUUCUAUUUUUAAUCACUGUCAUAAGCAUUUGGUAAUGUUAUCCAACCGGGAAAUCAUUGCACUAUGCAGAUAAGAGUUUUUUAUAAGGAUGAUUUUUUAUCUGUUCCCCAGUAAGCAUAAGGUGUGUGCAUUUAAACUCAUCUUUCAAGAGAGAUGAUCUUCAAAAACUGCUAACUCCUUCUUGUAGUCAAUUUAGGGCAGAAAUAAAUGUGAUGUCACAUGUCUCUGAAGUUCAAAGAUGGCUUUGAAUUUCAUUUUGUUCUGUUUGACUCAUGUCAGGCUCAGUGCACUUUCUAUGGGGGUUUAUUUGAUCAAAAUUAGUUUUCUGGGCAUUGACGAUUAAUGUAGGGAUUUCAAAACACUAAAUCUUUUCGGACUAUUAAGGGAGCCACAGAGGUUAUUUGGUAAAGUUCCAGGACAGAACUCUAGUCAUGUUUAUUUGUUCUUUAACAGUAUGGUGCAAUGGGAACUGAUUGUAAUUCUAAGGUAUGUCUAACAAGUGAACGAGAUUAAGGGGGAUCGAGUUCUAAAAUACUAAACUUCCUAUGAGGCUGCAGAUUUCCUAGUUAGUGAAAAUCCUAUUAAUGUGAACCUCCAGGGAGUGACAGUGGUAUUUUUAGAGGAUACAGGUUGGACUUCUCUCAGAGCAACCAUCACUGUUUAGAAAGAUGCUGACCAUGUCCAUUUCUGUGUCAGUUUACCCCUUGGUCCCUCUAUUGCCGAGUUUUAGAAGGUGUUGGGAAAACUCUGGCAGCUGCUAUUGAGAUCAGGGAAACCCGGAUGUAACCUCGCAGCCUAGCACCAUUCCUAUUGGCUUGGUACAGCAGUUUUUUCAUAUACAUUUGUAGACCAAUUACUAUUCUGCCUUAGUAUUUCACAUUAAUAGUUUAAACAUCUGUAACACAAAACUUCAGUAUAUAAGUGUAUAAAUGAAAUGUAACACAUUGUCCCACACCUCUGGACAGUCUGUGAGGGGAAAAAGACAAAACAGACUAAUGAUUGACACACCAGAAUGCAGUGGACAAGCUAACUACCUUUGAAUGGUUUUUCUAAGACUGUGUUAAAGUGGCUAGUUUCACGUUUGUUUUUAGUUAACGGAUUGACAUUGCUGUUAAUAAUCUACUGAAGAGUUUUAAAAGUUUUCUUUUUAAUUCAAAAAUAUAGAUGGUAGAAAACAAAAAGGCAGAAUGGAAGGAAGUGAGACAAUCGUUUUUUCUUGGCAAGCUCUAUUUCAAGUGCAAAUGGAGUUUCUUGAUGUUUUUGGUACUGUCUUAUGAAUCAAAAAGUAUUUUAUUAGUCCCUAAAUGACAGUGAAUGAUUCUGAUUACAGGAGAUGAUUUGUGUGUGUGUGUGUGUGUGUGUGUGUGUGUGUGGUUUGACUUUUCUGGUACAAGUCAACCCUAAUAGUUAUCGGUUUGACUCUCUGUCCCAGAAUCCAAGAAGAGCACAGCAGUGGGCUCUUGGGACACAGGGAAAAGAACAAUCCCAUUAGACCGCCUUUAUUUUUCCUCAGGGACACUCAUAUCUUGACGUUAUGGUGUAGCCACCUUACUCUGGGCACAGAGUAACCAGUUACCACCUUUGUUUUCCCCAUUUAAAUCGAUCUAGAUGCCCCACAAGGUCUUAAAUCAACCUGUUCUCCCCACACAAGGAACAGGAUUGGGCUUCACAAUGAGGACAAACCAUUCACGUCUUUGUCCCCUCAGAACAAGAAAAAGCCCGUGUGUAGGCUUAGCAGAAAUGCUAUAAUUGACUCAUUGAUAUGCUGUGGCCAGCUUUGAUUAUUGACCUCAAAUAGAUGAGAAAAAAAAUGACCUCCAAAGGUUGUGGGUGGUUGGAAAUGUUUUUUUUUUUUCUUUCCAAGUCUAAAAAUCUUCAUUUAAAACCACUGUGAAUAAGUGAAAUUUCAGUGAUUACCUGGCUCUGUUGAACGGAAGUUAGAUUACUAGUGAAAUGAUGGAAUCAAGGAUCAGUGGUUAAACAAAAAUAUAAAUGGAUUAAAAUUUGCCAAAAAAACCUUAAGGAAUUAUUUUUGAAAGAUGGAUUUUAUAUUUUGCUAUUUAAUGCACUGCAAUGGCAGAGAAACAUUUUUUUUCUGUUUAUUUAUUUAACACAUUUCCAAUAGGGACAUGGAUCUUAGUUAAUUAUGUUAUUUUGGUAUAUGCCAUUUCAUCUUGCAUCCUUAAUUUAAUGGUGCAACCCUAGUUAUAUCAUUUAUAAAUAUGGUGAUCUUUUAAGAAAUAGGCUAGUCAAUAAGAGGGGCUUUGCUUUUUAAAGCAUUUUAACAAACAGAAACUUAAUCUUUUGGAGUGGAAAAAUGUUUAGGUUUAUCAGUAUACUGUAUUUACAUUUUUCAUGGCAAUUGAAAAUGUCACUUUUACAUAUUAUUUUAGUUAAGUAUUCUUCAUAUGACACUAAUAGAAAGCUCUAAAUACUUAAAAUAAAUCCAGUGUUUGGUAUAGAGUUUGCAAUGGUUGGGUAUAGUCUUUUUCAUAUGUUUUCCUAAGGUGACAGAUUCUCAGUCUAUAAGUUUACAAAAUAAAGAAAAUUGGGUUUCAACAGAAACAGCCAUGUUUUCAUUUAAAUUUAGGUCUCCAGCACUUGGUUGAAAACUGACAGAAAAUUGACCCACAUUUUUGUCUAUUGCUCUAUAAGGAGUGCAGAAUUUCAAAGCUCAGCAUCAUUUUUGAAUGUCUUCUUCCACUCCCAAUUGUUAAACGUUUAUAUGAUUUUGACCUCGCCUUCAUUACUUCUGAAGAUCAGGUGUGAGUAUUGCAAGCGCUAGAAUUUAUCCACCUACAAAUGCAUUUUUGCAUUCAUGGAGUUUUUCAGUCAAAACUCACUUUCUAGCCAUAGGUGUUUGUCUUUUUUUCUCUUAAAACAAGGAAUUCAGGUGAGGCAGUAAAUGAAGCUAUUGGGACCAAGUUCUUAUUUGUAACUUUAGGAGGAUUCCCAAAGGAUAAUAUAGGAUAUUAAUUGAUUCCAGCAAUUAUGCUUUUUAAAUACGAUGUUGACUUGCCCUGAGUGGAUAUUUCAUGACACAAUUUAUAAAUUGUUAAAAUUAGCAAUUCCUGUCCAAUAUUGUUCUUCUUCCUUGCACAAAGAGCUAAUCUAAACAAAAGCAGAUCUGGCUUCCCAGGAUAUACCACAAUUGCAUACAGCCUAUCAAUAACUUGUGCCUGAAACUGAUUUCCUUUCUUCAACUUUUGAGAAAUGACUAGUUUUCUUUAAUAGAUUAGAUGUUAUAUUAAGGAUGGGUUUCAUUUCAGAGGCCGACCAGGCUUUACAAUACAUAAUGAAUUUUUGAAUGUAAGAGUCACUACUUUAAUAUUCAAAAGCAAAGAUUUGCAUUAUUUUUUUCAAAUGUUCAGGAGUGUGCAGUUCUGUGUUUUGCCCUACAACUUCAUUCAUCCCUUAUCAUGAAUGCUGCUUCAAAGUAACGUCAGUAAUCCUUUGUUUCCUUAAAGUCAAAACACUAGAUGCUCACUUUAUUGCAGAGAUGUUGGAGAUGAAGAAGCAGAUACUUUUCCCCAUAUGAGUAUGGAACAUCAAUCAGUGACAGUGCUUACUGUCACAAAUAAUGUGCUAAGCCCUUGGGAGAGUAAAAUAGAGUUGUUGGACAUGAUCUCUGCCCUCAAGGACCUUGCAUCUAGUGGAAGAGAGAAUACGCACUUCUUACUCAUUUUUCUUUUUUUCCUGGACUACCAGAGGCUCAGGCUUGGCCCUUUAGGUUACUGAUGGCAAUAUAGUCCAG